AUGUACGUCUUCAUUAUGUUCCUGGACCUUGUGAAGGCUUUCGAUCGCAUUGUCAGGGAGGUCACCCUUGGCUGGCCUGCCGGCGUGACUCACGGAGAGGCGUACUUCCUGAGCCUCGGUUUUGCCCGCGACCAGGCGCAGUGUAUCGUUGCUGUUGUCUCAGUGCAUGGCUUGCAUUUUGAGAGUUGGGAUGCGUCGCCCAGGGCCGUGCGUCUUUUAAAGAACAUGCAUGUGCAAUCGUGGUUCAGUGUGGGAGACUUGGAUUCCGCGAUUGCGGUCAGAGUUGGCGGCCGCCAGGGCUGCAAGUUCGGGGCGUGUCUAUUUAAUUCGACCUUCAGCGUGGCGUUCCAGAUGAUCCGUUGUCGUCGAGGCUGGGGUUGCCCUCCAGCUUACGACGGAUUUCGAACAAAUCUGGGCGCCCAGCCUUCCGCCUGA